UAAAGUGCAUUUUUACCAACACACGUGUGUCCGGGUUGUAAGGAUAGGGUGACACCACAGUGACAUGUAACUCUUUACACCCUCACUUUCUCCAAUAAAUCCCAUUUUACUCCUCCUCAUACUCCCCCCUCUCCCCUUCCUUUCUCUUUCUCUCCUUCCCUCCCUAUUUCCCCUCUCCCCUUCUCCCUCCCUCUUCCCCUCUCCUCUCCCCCUCUGUUCUUUUUCAGGUUGAGGAAGAAGGAAGGAGAUCGGUACAUCAGGACGGUCCGCUACGCACCCGUCAGUCAGAGAGAGUCUGAAGACGAGAGAGGUGUGUUCCGAAAGCGGCCAUUGCUAGGAUCACACGGACUAGCUUACGACGCAGCACCUCGAUAUACUCCCAGCGUCUCUAAUACUCAAACUGCCACGGUACCAGUUAGCCCCCACAUGGACAUAACAGCUGGGCACCUCCUACUAUCAUACAUAGAGGAGAAUUUGAAGAACAGACACAAACUGCGCCAGGAAUGGGAGAGUCUCCAGUCAUACAUCCCCGAAGGUUGCACGACAAAAGUUGCAACGCUGCAAGAGAACAAGUCAAAGAACCGAUACCCAGAUGCCCUUCCAUAUGACCAGAACAGGGUGAAACUGGACCCUACAAAGAGCGUGACGGGAUCGGACUACAUUAAUGCCAGCUACAUCGUCGACGUGGACCCACAUCAUCCUCGCUACAUUGCAACCCAGGGGCCCCUUAGCAACACCAUCGACGAUUUCUGGCAGAUGGUGUGGGAGCGGAACAUCACGGCCAUUGUAAUGUUGACACCAGUCACAGAUAUGGGCCUUAGUCAGUCCAGUCAGUAUUGGGCGAGCAACGGAGUGGCUACUUACAAUAUAUAUGAGGUACGUCUGGUCUCGGAGCACCCUCACUCUGAUGAUUACAUCAUCCGCAGUUUCUAUCUCCAGAACAGCCAGACGCGAGAGUCUCGAACGGUGACCCACUUUCAGUACCUCACGUGGACGUCUCUCGGAGCCCCGCCCACUGCCACGCCCCUCCUUGAGUUCAGGAGGAAGGUCAACAAAGCGUGCAGUAACCCAAAGACUCCUCUGCUGGUCCACUGCAGUGGAGGGGUUGGCCGUACCGGCACAUACAUGCUCAUCGACAUGGCACUCUCACGGAUACAGUCAGGUGCUAAAGAGAUCAAUUUGGCAGCUUCAGUUGAGUAUCUUCGAGAUCACCGACCUCAUAUGGUCAAGACCAAGCUGCAGUUUGAAUUUGCUCUGUCGGCUCUCGUUGAAGAGACUCAUGCCAUGUUGGACGCUGCCAGGCAACGGGCCAUGCACUAA